AGAAACCAAAGCUUUGGCGACCACAAGGAUGCACAGAGAUGUACAUAGAGCUGUUGUGAGAAAUAGUUUGUCUGAUUUUCACACAGCGGGGUUGUUUCAUUUCUGCUUUUCUUAAAUGGAGCCACAGCCAAGACACAGCAGCGAAGACACACCUGAACUUCUUGAAAGCGAGGAUGAUGGGGAGUCUGGAGCAGACAGUUUUUUCACCGAUGAUGAGUUAACGUACCAAGAAGGAGUUGAUCCAGCUGAAGAUGAUGAUUAUCAACAGGAUGGAGACUCUGCUGCAGGACAACAGGCCAGAUCUUUGGGAGAGCAGCCACCCCAACAGAGAAGAGCACGAUCACGUUCUCCACCGCACUCCAGGGCACAGACGAGAUCUAGGUCCAGUCGUGCACGUAGUGUGUCAAGAGAAAGGAGCAGAACGAGAUCCAGAUCUCCACUUUGGACAUGGCCACAGCCGUUAGCCUCAGCCCCGUCCUGGAAAACAGAGAGCGAUCCAGACAUAUGUCCAGUCCCAAAAAGAUUCAACCCAGCGAGACCCCCUGGACAUCAGCUGAACUCAAACAACACAUACAAACCUCUGGAGAUUUUUAAACUGUUUUUCAGCAAUGAUGCAGCUCGAACCCUUUGUCAACACACAAAUAAACAAGCUGCUAAAAACAUUGCAAUAGGCAAAAAAUAUUCAUGGACUGACAUCGACAUCCAGGAGUUUUUCAAGUAUGUGGGACUGACUUUCUUCUUUGCACUGGUGAAACUGGAUAACAUCCAGGAAUACUGGAAAAAGAACACCAUUUUCAGCGUGCCAUUUCCAGCUAAUGUCAUGGCACGAGAAAGGUACCGGGCGAUAACUUGGAACAUCCACAUGAGUGGUCCUGAGAAAGACGUUGAGAAUGACAGAAAGAAGGGGACACCCGAUCACGACCGCCUCUUUCGACUGAAGCCCCUCCUGGACACUAUAAAACAUGCUUGCAAGGCAUUUUACCAUCCCAGGCAGAACAUUUCAAUUGACGAGAGGACGGUGGCGACAAAGUCUCACACUGUCAUGGCACAAUACAAGAAAGCUAAGCCAGCCAAACUCAUUGUUUUGGCUGACUGCAGCAAUGGCUACACUGUGGACUUUGCAGUGUACACUGGCAAGUCACAGUUUACCUCAGGCCAUGGACUUGCAUAUGACUCUGUCAUGUCCCUGAUAAAGCCAGCAUACCUUGGCAGUGGCUUUCACCUGUACGUAGAUCAUUUCUUCACCAGUCCAAGACUUUUCAAGGAUCUGUUUAGCCUGAAUAUCGGCGCAUGUGGCACGUACAGAGACAGGAGAAAAGAAUGCCCCUGCAUAUGCACAAGUCCUAGAGGCUCCAUCAGGUGGCUCCGUGAAGACCCGCUGGUUUUUGUGAAGUGGAUGGACACACACGAGGUCACGAUCUGCUCCACAAUCCACCAGGUGUUCUCUGGCAGCACCGUGCAGAGGAGGGUCAAAACUCAGAAUGGGAGCUGCACCACCAAAUCCAUUCCAUGCCCAACACCUGUCAUGGAAUAUAACAAGCACAUGGAAGGUAUUGAUCUGUCAGGGCAACUGAUCCAGUACUACUCCUCACACCACAAGAGCAUGCGCUGGUACCGGACAUUGUUUUUACACUUCCUGGACAUUGCAGCCACAAACAGCUUCCUCCUUCACAAGGAGCUCUGCAGAGAGAAGCAGGAGGAACCCAUGACCCACAAGGCCUUCCUGGAGGAGCUGACGGCCCAGUUGUGUGGUGUCACAGUUGCGGUCCCACCCGCCAAGGCACAGAGUGGUCACAUUCCCGUGGCAAUCUCUAAACAAACCGAUGCAAGCAAGCGGGCCUCGUAUGGACGCAAGACCUGUCUACACUGUAGGCAGACCAGGCAGGCAAAUCAGUCUACCCCGUGGAAGUGUAAAGAGUGCGAUGUGGCUCUCUGUCUCAUUGCAGACAGGAACUGCUUUGAGGCAUGGCACAACUAACUUUUUGUAUUAAACCAGAUGGACUUUUCUUGAAAAAAAUGUGAAUACUUUUUGAUGUGUGUUGGUUGGAAUGUUUAGCUUUUUUCUCUCUGAUCGCCAAGACUUGGGAGAACAAUUUUCAAAAGCCACCUCUCACGUUCACUGUUGUCCUCUGUGAUUUAAAUAAAGCUCUGUGAGAUUA